AAGAAACAAACAUGACGGUUCUUGUAGGUCGUGGUUCAAUAAACUUAAAUAUAUCCAAUAUUUACUUUCAGAAAAGUAAACCAUACGUUUGAAGUAUUUCAAUGAUCGGUGGAUAUGGGUAGCUUUAGGACUAUUGGUAAAAAAAUUAAAAUGGCGAUGCCUAGAAUGCAGAGUAGUUCCAGCCAAUGUUGCUUAUGUUCUAUUGGUGUGUUUAUGUUUCUAUUUGGCAUCAUAAUGAUAGCUACGGGUGCUAGUCUUAUUCUUAAUUACGGGAUAGUAAACGACGAUUUGUUGCUACCAGAACUUAGAAACGAUGAAGGAAAGAAAAUUGUAGGAAUUGUUUUAAUAUGCGUAGGGUUAGUUUUUGGAAUAGUGAGUGUGUCUGUAAGUGCUUAUUACUUUUGCGCGCCUGAAAAACAUCCAACUAUCAAACCGGAUGAUAUCAGAAGCAUUUCUAAUGGAAGUACUUUGUCUGGUACAAGACUAACAUCUACACAGAGAUCUGGUUCUAGACCUGGUUCUAACCAAAGUGCAAGAAGCGGUUCUAACCAAAGUGCACGAAGUGGUUCUAAUCAAAGUGCAAGAAGUAAUGGUCAAGGGGCAAGACGGAAGGUUAGUCCAGCUGAUGGACCACUCAAACCGAUCGAAAAAUCUUCAGGGAGUCAAUUUUCUCAAAGUAUACCUAGUGUUCACCAUAGAUCGAAAAACAAACAUAAGACGAAAAAGAAAAGCAAGCGACUUGUAACAAAGACACCAUUAGAAGAUAUAAAAGAAUUAGAUACGGUGUCCAGGAAAACAAUGGACAUCGGUGACGAUAAUAAUUACGAUACUCCACGAAGCCCGAGUGAAUUAGACUCUGCUUCGAUUAAUACUAGUGAAACGUCUAGUAGAGUACCAACAUACCACGUGACAGAUUAUAGCAUACAACAGACAGAUCAUAGCAUAAUAGUACAAAAUGGGAGUAGCAUAAACAAUUCGAAUCAUUAUGACAUGCAAACAAAUAACAGUGAGAUUGACGCAUAUCAUAAUGCUCUUCCGGGCACAGCGUCCUCGGAAAACGACAGUGACGAUCAAAUCAUAAAUAAAAAUAAAAGAAAAAAUCAUUCGCAUGGUAGUCAUGACAAUCCAACUUUCGAUGGUUGUGAAUUAGAAUCCACCGGAAGCGAGUCUACAAUCAACAAAGCAAUAUUAAGUGAUGUAUACGACGAAAAGUCCCAAACUUCAUCAUUGUGAUAGUAGUUUUUUUUUUAAAUACAACGCUGUGACGUCUGCUGGUUUCAAUCGUCACUCGCCUGCUGAAUUUUGAUUGGCUGGUCCACUCAUGUGAUAACAUAUUUGAAUGAAGUGCUGAAUAUUAUAAGUCACUGGUGUUUUUAAUGUUCUAUAACUAGUAGUUACAUGUUAAAAUGUGUCGUAUGCUUGUGUCAAAAUGCCAAAUAUCUCCGUCUUUAAAGUAUAAAUGAACUGUUUAUUAGAAAAUAUUAAAUGCGUUGCCUCCAAACGCUAGAUUCAUACACUAUAAUCAUAAAUGCCACUAUUUUCUGGCACUUACAAUGUUGCCUAUACUUUAAUACUAUACCAGCUGUCAUUAAGUGUUCUCCUUGGUUUUCAGAGGUCCUCUGAUCGUUUCCUCAGAAGUGUAGAAGAACAUGCACCAAUAAGGCCGAUAUGGUUGUAAACAGUAGAACUUUGCAAACUUUUAUUCUGAAUUCAAUUCAAUAUAUUCAAUAUUUUCAAUUGUCCAUAUUUAAACCAUCGAUAAUUCUCAGAUAUACACAUAUUUUUUCAUUUCUCAUUUUUUUUCUGACAAUCAUUGUUAUUUUAUAUAAUACGAAAUCAUUUGAAGUAGAAGUUAAAAUGUCAUUUUAUAAACCUUCAAUUUAGAUCGUAGAAACAAUCUUAUUUCUAGACAAGCAAGAACUGACUUGUUUCUGAUAAAACAGUAUAGUUGCGAAACAUAUUUUUUAUAGAUCAAGGACAAACCGCGCCUACAAUCUGCAAAUUAUAAGGCUAGUUAACAAAUUUAAUUCCUUGCAUGAUUGUUUACAUUAAAAUUAGCUUACAGAAAUUAAUUAAUAAAAAUUUACAUUCUGAAAAAAACAUAUACAGUAUAUAUUUAGUAGUUACUAUAUACACGAACUAAAAACUAAAAUCUCCGUUAUAGCUUAGUAUUUCAUUAUUCGGCCAUUUAGAUAAAGUUUUGUCUGUCACCAACUGCCUUUGGUUUAAGCCAGAUGCUCAUGUUUGUUCCACCGUGAUUGAGUUGUACGAGUUUAAACAAUCAUAUUAACAAUCGUUUUUCAUAGUGUAGUCGGGUAGGUUAUUCAGGGAGUACACUACUGACCAAUUUUAUUAUUGUAUUUAGAUAUGAAUUAUUAAUGUUAAGAGUUGUGGCAAUCUAAUUGAAAUAUCGUUAUCUGAUUUAAUUAUACUCAUAUGAGUAUACUCUUAUAUGUACGAGCACGCGAGUUAAUUUAGGUCUGAAUUUUUAUCAGAUUUGAGGUGUGUGUGAGAGCGAAAUUUUGGUGCACUUGAUCAAUGCAGAACAGUCAGAGUAUAAUCUUUUAUUCUUAUACAUAUAUUUUUUUGAGUGUUAUUUAAACUGAACAGCUUUUUACAUGCCAUUUAUUUUUGUCAAUGCAAAUUUGUAAUGUAUGCAGUAUGCAGUAUACAUUUGUAGAUAAUCAUUGUUAAUUCUGGUCAAUGCAAGCUCAUGUAGUGUGUCUGUUAGAAAGAUAUUUCUUCAUAUUUUGUAUAAUUUAACUUAUUUUUGUCUGUAAACGAAAUAUUUUUUUAUAUCACCAAUAAUUACUGUAUAUUUUUUCACCUAUUUGUCGUGUAGACAGGUACAUAAUUCGAAACCAUUUUUCAAUUCAAGAAGUGGAAAAUAAUCUUUCAGUUAAUAAGCCUAACUAUUUAGUAUGAGUAGUUCUAUUUUUUUUCCAAACAAAACUUGGUUUGCUAGGGAAUGUGUCAUUUUCAAUCAAGUGAAGUUUAUAUUUGGGAAUACAAAAAAAAAUCGGAAGUUGUCAUUUCAUGAAUCUAAUAGUUUCCAUUAUUUAUUAAAUCCAACAUGCAAUUAAAUGCCUGUAUUCUAUGAAUAUAUUGUUUAUGAAUUGCAAGUAUCCGGUUUGCAUGGUUGUAGGUUUUUGAAUCAUCCUUUUGGGACAAAUUUCGACUUUUCGUCCAAACAGAGAUACAAUAGCCUGAUUAUUAUAUAUAUGGUCCGAAAUAAAGAGUCUGUGCUCUUUAUUGAUAUGACUACUAUUUGCUUAUUUUAAUUUCUUUUGAUUACAACUUUUGAGAGAAAGAUAAAGGCGGCUGCAAUAAGUAUAAUUUCUAUGAUGGGUUCGUCUCUUUAAAAAAAAACUCAUCCAGAAUAUGCAUGAAAUAUUUGCCACUGGACGUGAAGCAAACAUUAAUCACUCACUUUUUUGUGUCAAAUCCUGCAAUAAUCCCUUUCCAAAAUGAUUUACAGUCAAAACUGCUGAUGAAACAUUUUUUGUGAUAUUUGUCUAAACUUCUAAUGUAUAUUGUUAUCGAUUGAAGAUCGGAAAUUACGUCAUUAAACUUUCAAAUGUUCACAAUUGAAAUCAAAGUUUUGAGAUUCAGUACGAAAUAAAGUUAAAAUUGAAAUGAUCAAAACUUGCAGUUAAUUUGAAAACUUACAACAGUUUACGACAAUCAUAGUGCGGGUUUCUUCUUAAUAUAUCAUACGACAGACUUUGCCACUGAUAUUGCCAAAGUUUUGUCCCUAUAUAAUAAAGCAGGAUACAGGUAUUCCUCAGGUACAAUGUAUAAACUGACAUUAUGUAAUAAUCAUCUACGUCACCAACACACGAAUUUCACUCGACAACCUUUUUUUAUUUUAACAAAAAAAGGUAUUUCCCCUGUUUUUUUUUAAAUGGAUGUAAAGAGAAGAUUGAGUAAAACAUACAUCAAUAAAACAUUAACUUGAGCAAGGAACAUAUAACCGUUUCCAGCUUGAACUUGAGCAAGGAACAUAUAACCGUUCCCAGCUUGAACUUGGAACUUGCGAACCAAAUAUGACAAUCUGAGAAUAUAUGACAUUGAACAUUGAGCAAACAAUUACUGAUCGAUAAAUCUUACAUCGUCUACUUUGUUCAUUAAUUCAAACGAAAGACAUUUAAAGUUAGAAUAAAAUUGUUUUCAGCUCGCUCUUUGAAUAUAUUUAGAUUUAUGCCAGGUUCUCCUGAAGUUAGUGGUAUAAGUGGAGAGUUGUCUCAUGGCAAUUAUGCCACCUCUUCUUUAUUAUGUCGAGGAACAUAUUCCUUAAAAAUCAUAAUUAUAUUGAUUGAAAAUCAUGAAAUUAGCAGGUGAUUAUUUUGAGCCUUAACUCUCUCGAAGACUGCAUGGUCUCUUUACAGAGACAUUAUUCGGCUAAAGUCUAAGUAACUAAGAUAAAUAUAGCAUAAGUAAUAAAACAACCAAGUUUUGUAUGUCCCUGAAUACGAAUAAGCUGCACAACAUUUAUAUUAUUUACAUAAUUCGGUAUCGGUAACUGUGAUAGUGAUGCAUUGACCCUAAUCUUUCUGAUAUUGCAAUAAAUUUGUGUAUUAUAAUCAAUAUUGCAAAUAUAACGUGAUAAAAAACUUGAUAAUAAUUAUUAAAAAAAAACAUGUUUAAGGGAUUACAAUAGUACUGCCUUUGAAAUAUAUUAUACAGUUCUGUCUAGAUUGCUUGUCUUUGUAUAAGUGAAGAAUAUCUUUAUUAUUAUGUUAUCUUAUGAUUUUUUUGAAAAUAAAAAUCAACAUUUAAAAAAACA